AUGAGUGAUAAAGACAGAAAAAGACAAAAGAGCAUAAGUGCGUUUUUCUUUACCAAAAAACAAAAAACCGACGAUGCAGUUUCAGAUACAGGGAAAGGGAUUGAAUUUAGUGGUAUCCCAUGUGCAUCCACGCAUGCGGCAACUACAUCAAUGCCAACAAAUCCAUCAGCAGCAUCAGCCUCUACUAGUUACAUGUUGCAGCAACGAGAUAUAGGUACACUACUAAUCAACCAGCAAGACGGGUUAGUUCUUACAGACGAAGGAAGGUACCAGUGGUUGAAAUAUACUUGGCAACCUACAACAGACUUUAAGUUUCCACUGGUGCGUGAGGGAAAAAAGAACAGGUCUUUUCAAAUAAGCUGGUUAAAGGAACAUGAAUGGCUAGCAUACAGUAAAAUUGCUGGUGGCGGAUUGUGUAAAAUGUGCAUUCUUUUUGGUCGACGUGAAGCGGGUACAAAUGAUGUGAAGCUGGGAAAAUUGGUGUCGCAACCACUGACAAGAUAUAAAAAAGCGAUCGAAAUGAUCACACACCACGAGAGCACGAAUUACCACCAAGCGAACGUGGUAGCAUCUCAAAAUUUUUUGAUGGUAAUGGAGGGAAAAUCAAAAGAUGUUGUCCAAAUGAGAUUACAGGAAAUGAAAACUGUUGAAGAGAAUCGCAAAAAACUUAUACCCAUUAUAAAAACAAUAAUAUUAUGUGGAAGGCAAAACAUACCGUUCAGAGGUCACAGGGAUGACGGUAGCUUAGAAUCGGAAAGUUCUUACGGACACGGAGAAGGAAACUUCAGAGCGUUGUUAAAGUUCCGAAUCGAUGCUGGAGAUGAGAUACUGCAUGAACACGUUAAAACUUGCGCUAAAAACGCUUCCUACAUUAGCAAGACGACACAAAAUGAUUUAAUUGAAUGCUGUGGGGAAUUAAUCAGAAACAAAAUAGUGGACAAAAUUAAAAAGUCUAAAUUUUUUACCAUUAUAGCUGAUGAGACCACAGAUGUUUCUGUUUGUGAGCAACUUACCAUUUGUAUUCGCUAUUUCGAUGUUGAUACAAAGGAAAUACAAGAAGACUUUCUGAUGUUUGUUGAAGUUGUUAAACUUACUGGUGAAAACAUUGCUCACCAUAUUUUGAAGGCGUUAGAAAGCCUUAACCUGGACAUUACAUUGUGCCGUGGUCAAGCAUAUGAUGGAGGAGCCAACAUGAGUGGUAAAAUAAAAGGUGUUCAGGCACGCAUAUCCAGCAUUCAGCCUUUAGCCUUUUUUACCCACUGUGCAAGUCACCGACUCAACUUAGCUAUUAGUACAGCCUGCACCAUAUCCAGCAUAAGAAAUGCCGUAGGGGUUAUCUCAAGUGUAGCAAAUUUCUUUCGUGACUCAGCUCAACGAAUACAUCUUCUCAGAGAAGAAAUUCAAGCUCAUCUGCCAAAGGAAAAACAGAAUAUAUUAAAAAAAAUGUGUGAGACCAGAUGGGUGGAAAGGCAUGAAGCGGUUUUGACAUUUUUGGAUGUCUUGCCUUGUCUUCCUGAAAUAUUACAAAAAAUGGCUGAUCAAGAUCAAGGAAACAGAAGGAGUGCUACACCUCCAUUUUCGUUGCUCCAAUCUAUAAUGUCAUCGGAAUUUAUCAUAAGCCUGGUAAUCCUCUCUGAUAUUUUAGGAAUCACGCUGCCCUUAUCCCGAUCAUUACAAGCCAUUGAAAUUGAUAUACUUUCUGCAGUUCAGCUUAUUAAUACGACCACAGCAAGCAUAAAGAGGCAACGUGAAACUAGCACGGACACAUUCAAAAAACUUUUCAAUCAGGCUGAGGUCAUGGCAAAUGAAAUUGGUGCAGACAUUACGGUCCGCAGAAUCGCCGGCAGUCAAACAAAUCGGCCGAACGUUCAGACUCAGUUCCCUAGCGCUGCAAUGCAAACAAUAGGAAAGUUGCAAAAGUUGCUGUCCCAUAACUUCAGCGACGGAGAUAUAGAGGAUGUUUUGCAAGGCGCUGAAGUAUAUAAAGAAGAUCUUCCUUGUUUCUUAGCUUUGAAGGGAGAGCUAAAAAUUUGGCAACAGAUGAAAGAAAAUAUCCCAGCGUCUCCAGUAGAUGCCUACAAAAGAGCAACGGUGCUGCCAAAUAUUAGAACUCUUUGUCAAUUGCUGUGCACGUUUCCAGUGACUACUAGCACUGCCGAGCAGUCUUUCUCCACCUUACGUCGAUUAAAGUCAUACCUUCGCAACAGGAUGACAGAAGAGCGUUUAAAUGGAUUGGCUUUAAUGCAUAUCCAUCAAGACAUUGCUGCAAAAAUGUACGCUAAUGAAGUGUUGGACAUCUUUAGCAGGAAACAUAAAAGAAAACUGUCUUUAUUGAACAUUUAA